AUGGGUGUUCCUGCAGCUGACAUACCACAUUUGCAGCCACUGCAAUAUAAAAGCAGCCAAUUUUCCCCCCUAAACAAAACUCAUCAAAUGCCACCAAAGAUGGAGAAAUUGGUAGAUUUGGACUACGCCAACAACUAUGUGCAUUCAGGGACCCUUCCUGUCACCUAUAUAAGCAACGUGGAGAACGCAACUCAAGGGUAUCCAAGAUUACAAAAACUCAAAGAUUUGAAAAAAGACCAAAUUCUGAAACACGCAAUUACUCCUUGUGGAGCAAGGGUCCGAUCUCAGGAUAUAGUCAGCACCCUUCAUACGUGGAUUCAUGAGUACAAUCUACAAUUUGAUGUGGUGAUGAUUGGAGCUUUGGUGGAUAAUCAAUUCAUCCGUCCAAUUCUCGAACAGCUUCCGUUGCAUCGUCUUUGUGCCAAACCGGGAUUUCUCUUCGUAUGGGCAACAUCCCGUAAGAUUCAGGAGCUCAGUAAGAUUCUCGCGGGCGAACAAUGGAACAAAAAGUUUCGUCGGUCGGAAGAACUUGUGUUUGUUACCAUCGACAAGUCGUCGCCUUAUUACCCGGGAAACGAUAGCUACAGUAACCCGGAUUGCAUGUUUGAGAACCAACAGUGGCACUGCUGGAUGUGUAUCACCGGAACCGUCAGAAGGUCCACCGACAACCAUUUAAUUCAUUGCAACGUUGACACCGAUCUCCAAUUGGAGCCAAGAAAGACAACAAUUGCUGAAUAUAACGCGGUCCCGGAUACAAUGUACCGAGUUGCAGAGAACUUUUCCAACGCCAACCGCCGCUUGCAUAUCAUUCCAUCGAGAACUGGAUAUAAUACCCCAGUUCGGUUGCGUCGCGGAUGGGUGAUCAUGAGUCCCGACGUCAUGGUCAACAACUUUAAUCCCCUACAAUACGAACAAGAGCUCUAUUCAAAGUCUACAGUGAAGUUUAAGAACGGGAGCCAUUCGGGACCUCAAGUGCUCGUUCCGCAAACAAAAGAAAUCGAGGAUCUUAGACCCAAAAGUCCAGUACCAAAUGGAGCAUCCAACUGA